CGGUGCAAUUUCAUGAAUUUGUCGCAUCCUGCUUCACCCCGCCAGGAUCGAUGCUGCCGUACCUCCGGGCUAGGUUAGAGGAUUCCACGAAUGAAUGUCAGCAAAUGGACUUGCCAGGCAGUCUUGAGGUUUUUCUUCCUCUUUCUCUCUUGUCUGGAAGGAUCGCUGCCGCCGUACGCAUUGCGAUCUGUUCCGAACAAGAUGCUGCUGGAAUCGAUCAAGGGAGACGCUGUUGCCAUGGAGUUUGCCUUCCAUAAGAGAAGAUACUUUCAGUCCCUUUUGCUGGAUAGGAACUCUCAACUUUGGAGAGUGAUCCGAGAGUACGUUCAACAUGAAGAGGAUCUUGUCUCGCUCUUUACUUUUUGCGGCCUUGUUCUUAACGCAAUGUUUUUCUACCUUUCGAUUUUAGGCUCGUCAAAUAGACACCGGAGAGCUAAUCCGCUUCCCUUUGGAGAUUGGAUUAUAUGGCGUCUGCAAGCCAUACAGCAUGGAUUCCAAACAGCCAGCGUGGAUUCCAAACAGCCAGCGCAUUGUCGCGGAAGAGCUCGUAAUGCUCGGGGUGUUGCAGCUCCAAAAGGUACUGUCAUUGAUCCCAAAACAAACAGAAAACUGUAUGAUAGAUCGACGAGACUUGCGACUGUCCUCUGGGCGAUUUUGUCCGAAGCAUCAGCAUGGUUUGUCAUGGUGAAAACAAACUACACGGCUUAAUAAUAUCGAAACACUGCAUGUGUUUGUUA